AUUCGGAAGUGGAGGAGGAACGAAGAUGUUGCCAUUCGUGAGUCUGUCCGUCCUGGUUCUGGCGGUGAGCUGUGGAGCACUGCCACGCAGACCGGACCCAGACCAACUCAUGUACAACGAAGGCAUGCUCGAUGGCGACAUUGCUGGCGGGUACAUACGGACCACCAUCAACGGGAAGACGGCUAUCUUGCCGGAUGACAUCUACGGACUCUGGCCUGAUGCCAUCAUCUACUACGAGCUCCACUCCAGUGCCCAGAGCAUCAGGAACCUCCUCAACACAGCGAUUGUCGAGUAUCACCAACACACGUGCAUCCGGUUCGUGGAGAGGAACGGAGAUCCCAGCAUCACAAAUUAUGUCAACAUCCGAGGAGAUCAGUCAGGAUGUUGGUCGUACGUGGGGAUGUACAAAUUCGGAUCCCAGGACCUGUCCAUUCAGAUCCCAGGCUGCGACUAUAAGGGGCUCCUCCUCCACGAACUGAUGCACGCAGCGGGCUUCUGGCACGAACACACCCGCUUCGACCGCGACGAUUACGUCGUCAUCCUCUGGGACAACAUCCUCCCCGGCCAAGAGCACAACUUCGAGACAAAAACCCUGGCAGAAUCCCAGGAAUUUGGAGUUCCGUACGACUUCGAAUCCAUCAUGCACUACGAAUUGGACGCCUUCAGCAGUAACGGGGAGAACACUCUUGAGCCUUAUGGGGAAUGGGCUGGGACCGACCCUGGCCAUGUCUGGGAGCAGAAUUUUUUCGCCCGGUCCGACAUCGAGGAACUCAAUGCUCUCUACUGCUCUAAGAAAUAGACGCCGGUCAUUUCAGGCGUGAUA